GCCACUACACGUCACAUGACCAAAAUGGCGAGAAACGUGGAGAAACAACAAGGGAAGCUGAACAGACUGUGGCUGCAGAAAGAGAGAGAAGAGGGACGCCUCAAGGAUGUACAUGAGCGGAGACCCAAGCUGUCUACUCUUAAUUCAACCUCCGCUGUGAAAAAGUGGAUCCCCAGCAUCAAGAAAGAAAUAGAGUAUUAUUUGCAGCAAUCACAGCUGUCUCAUUACCCAGAGAGGAAGAUAGCCGAGUUCCAGCUGCACAUGGAGGCUUUGGAGAAAGAGUACAAAAGAUUCAUCACCAAACUACGAGUUCUUGACCCCGCCUGCAAACAUAAGCCGUGGACUCCUCGAGCAUACUGCAAAAGAAGAGCAGACACACAGGAGUCUCCAAGUAUCGAUAAACACCCUCGGCCCUGCGAGUCACAUGACAGUAGCAGUCAGUUGAGUGAAGGUGAGAGUGACUCGGCCAGCAGUUGGACAGGAUGUCACAAACCCUCAGCCCCGGAGAGAAAGUCACCUGUCAGUCAUUCGCAGAGCCGGUUUCAAACCCCUGUCCCCACCGACCCAAACUCAGAAACCUCAGACGCCGUCUGUGCAGACCAGGACCAGCCCCUCUCCUUUGACCACAUGAGGCUGGCGGUGGCCGCUGCUGCGUUCAGAGGACCGCCACUUCAGCAAAGCUCUUCUCAAACACAGAGCCUGGCCCGGGUUCUGCAGGCCGGCUUGCCAAACCUGAGUAACGCUUCAUUAUUUUCAACCCAGAGCAGAGACACACAGAAUGAUGACGGCGAAACGAUGAGAUCUGUCGUUGGGCAGAAAAGUCUCGUCAAAGAUUGUAAUUCGGACUGUCAAGCAGCAGAAAGGAUACCUGGGAAGUCACCCAACACCGGGACAACGGAGGAGAGGACCGGUCAUGUCCUGGGACUAGACUGUUACUCUUCCUCUGAUGAGGACACAUGAUGUUUUUGUAAUCGUGAAAUUAAUGAUCCAUAUCUUUCUACACUUUCUACACGACUGUCAGUCGCUUUGGAAGCGUCUGCUAAAUGACUGUAAUGUAAUGUAAUGUAGUAUAACAUGAGGACUGUGGAUCACAAUAUGUUGAUGGUAAAAAUGGAAUGCAGAAAAGCUGAAUAUUAAAGUCCUGCGUAA